AUGAUUAAACACUUUGAAGUUGAGCUGCACGAGGCUUUGAGACCCGGAGAAGGACUUGGCAUAACUGGGGAUCAUGUAAAACUGGGCCACUGGAACGUUGACAGGAGUCUGGAAAUGAAACAGCGAAGACGUAACCCCCUUCGGUGGUUCCUGAAAAUACCAAUGUGCUCGGCACUGCGAAUCUAUUAUCGGUUUUUCAUCUACUACAAGGAUUCAAGGGGACUAAAGAGGAUACGACGGUGGGAAGGACAACAGCAUGCUCGUGUACUUGAAGCCUACGAAAUGUACCGUAACCAGGGCUCAUUGAAGUUCGGCGAAGCUCAUCCCACGGCGAUUGGGGGAGGUGUGCAAAACGAGAAAGGAUGGUUGCGUGGAGAACUGAUAGUACAAAUAAAAUUUAUUUGGCCGCAACACAUUCGCUUCACAUCGUUUUCACACUUCAUACGAAAUCUGAAAUACAACAUAAAGCUGGAAAGUUUCCCUUUGGAUGAGUCCCGGUCGGAGUUAAAUAGCGAUGUCGAAAUUGAAGUAGCCCGCUUCGUCUUUAAAAAAUCGAAUUUACGAGCUCAAAGUGGAUUGGGUGAAUUCUAUAAGCCUGGUCAGACAAUGAUCUACCACAUAACAGUUCCACUGGGCUUUGAAAACUACUACGUUCUCAACAUCAAAUCCAGGGAGGGAGAACAUUUGGGCGAAGUUACUAUCCUCGGGUCCUACUUUCAAUCUGGCGAAGGCAUCUUGGAGUUGCCCAUUAUCGAGAAGUGGCAAAAACAGAGAAUUGGCUGGCUGACAUUGCCCUAUGUUCGGAUAGAGCCUCUGCCAAUUGCUGCAGAAUUAAAUUUCAGGUCGAGUUUUCAUCAUUAUUGGCCACCGAACUGGCCCACCCUCGACGUGGCCCACAGGGGGGUAGGUAAAAGCUUUUAUUACCACUCGGCAAGGGCUUUAGAAAAUACGAUUCAAAGUUUCCUCAGGGCCUACAGACUACACAGUGACAUGGUGGAACUGGAUAUUCAGCUGACUAAGGAUUACGUCCCCAUAGUUUACAGCGAUUGUGGCUUUUACACGGCGAAUCAGAGGAACAAGGCAUCCAAUUUCGACAUGCAUUUUGUCUACAUCAAUCGGAUGACCUAUGAAGAAUUGCGGCAGCGCCGAGUAUUUGUAUUCUUAAAUGGAGCCAUGGUUGAGCUGUCGCACUUGAAUUCGGAUUUUGUGGAUGAACGGGAAAUGCUAUUUCCUCGUUUGGUGGAUGUCUUCAAAUACCUACCCUUAUCGGUGGGCCUCAUAAUGGAGGUGAAAUGGCCCCAAUUGUUAAGCAGUGGGUCCUUGGAGUAUCUACAGUCCUUAGAUAAGAACAAAUAUGUCGACACCAUUCUGAUGGCCAGCAUGCAGAAUAGUUGUGGUCGUCCACUGAUUUUCACUAGUUUCGAUGCCGACAUAUGUAGCAUGAUACGCUUCAAACAGCACGUCUUUCCCGUUGUCCUAUUGACGGUUGGUCAGAGGAGCCCUUGGGAACCGUAUGCUGACCUACGUACCAGAUCUCUGACAAGUGCAAUCAACUUCGUCCAAUCCUCGGAGAUACUGGGAGUGUCCAUACAUGCGGGUGACUUGAUUCAAUCUGUCCCAGAGCAGGAGUUGAAAGCACUGUUCCAAUUACAACAGGUACUCUUUGUAUGGGGAGACCAAUUGAACACUUCGGCAGCACUAGUCAAUUUGAGGCAUCUGGAAGUGGCCGGACUGGUCUAUGAUCGCCUAGACGAUUUGGUGGAGAAAAGAAAGCGCUUCUCAUUCUUCCAAGCACCUGAAAUGCAGCAAAUUUUCUUACGGCAAUGUAUCGUUGCCGGCAAUGUCAGUGUAAGUGAAGGCGCGCCGGACACACAUUCCCCAUUUUGGCCUCGAGUGCGCACUGCAGACGAGCUGUAG